AUGAGCGACGAAACCUCCGGCGCUGGCGAGCGAUUCGCUAUCGGUAUCUCUUUUGGCAAUACCUCCAGCUCCAUUGCCCGCAUAAACCCUGAAGGCAAGCCUGAAGUCAUUGCCAACGAAGAAGGAGACCGUCAAAUCCCUACUGUCCUCUCGUAUAUCGGCGGAGAGCAAUACCAUGGUUCCCAGGCCAAGGCUCAACUCAUUCGCAACUCCAAGAACACUGUUGCAUACUUCAGAGAUUACGUUGGAAAGAACUUCAAGUCAAUAGAUCCCACUCCCUGCCACAACUCUGCACACCCCAUCCAGUCCGAUUCAACCGUUGCUUUCUCCAUCUGUGACACUGAGAGCGAUACCCCCAACACUGUUACUGUCUCCGAGAUCACUACCCGUCACCUUCGCCGCCUGAAGCAGUCUGCCACCGAUUACCUUGGCAAGGAGGUCAACGCCGCUGUCAUUACCGUCCCUACCGAUUUCACCGACGCCCAGCGCGAGGCCCUCACUGCUGCGGCCAAGGAGGCCGGCCUUGAGGUUCUCCAGCUCAUCCACGAGCCUGUUGCUGCUGCUCUCGCCUACGACGCUAGACCCGAGGCUACUGUUGCUGAUAAGCUCAUUGUGGUCGCCGAUCUCGGUGGCACUCGCUCUGAUGCCGCUGUCAUCGCUUCCCGCGGUGGAAUGUACACCAUCCUCGCAACUGCCCACGACUACGAGCUGGGUGGUUCUACCCUCGACAAGAUUGUCAUCGACCACUUUGCCAAGGAGUUCAUCAAGAAGCACAAGACCGACCCCCGCGAGAACGAGCGUGGUCUCGCCAAGUUGAAGUUGGAGGGUGAGGCCACCCGGAAGGCUCUGAGCUUGGGUGCCAACGCCACUCUGAGCAUCGAAUCGCUCGCAGACGGAAUCGACUACGGUUCCACCAUCAACCGCACUCGUUUCGAGCUGCUGUCCAACAAGGUCUUCGCUCAGUUCACUAGCUUGAUCGAGCAGGUUAUCAAGAAGGCUGAUCUGGAUGUUCUGGACAUUGAUGAGGUUAUCUUCUCCGGUGGUACCUCGCACACUCCCAAGAUCGCCCUGCUCGCUCGCAGCAUUUUCCCCGAGACCACCAAGAUUUGGGCUCCCUCUACCGAGACUACUGCCAUCAACCCCUCCGAGCUCUCCGCCAGGGGUGCUGCCAUCCAGGCCUCUUUGAUUCAAGAAUUCGAGACCGAAGACAUUGAGCAAUCAAUCCACCCCAUGGUCACUGCUACUCCCCAUCUCAGCAAGGCCAUCGGCGUUGAGUUCUCCUCUGGCGAUGCCGUCGAGUUCAAGCCCCUCCUCAGCACCGAGACCGCCCUCCCCGCUCGCCGCGUGGCCCAGUACAACGUUCCCAAGGACGGCGGUGACGUCCUCAUCCGCGUCUGCGAGGGUGUCCGCGACAUCAAGGUCACCAAGCCCGAGCCCAAGCCUAAGGAGGAGAAGGCCGCCGAGGACGAGGAAGACUCCGACUUCGAUUCUGAGGACGAGGAGGAAGAGACCCGCGAGAUUGUUUGGAAGACCGAGAGCCCGAUCGCCGAGCUUGCCGUCAAGGGCGUCAAGGCCAACGGAAAGGUCGAGCUUAUGGUUCACAUCAACGCCGACCUCGGCCUGCAGAUCACCGCCCGGGAAGUCGGCGGCCAAAGCGCUGUCCGUGGUGCCGUUGAGUCGCCAUGA